UCUUUAAGACAUUCCUGCAGUUUGACCUCAGCCUUUCCAAGCAAACCUUUGAAAACGCUUUAAAGGUUUGGUCGUUAGAAAUAAACUUGAGUUCAUCUGAAAUGUUGCAGAGUUGCUAUAUUUACACUUACAAACACGUCACAUGAGCGUCAGGCUAAUCGAGCAGGGAGCCCCGCCCUCUGUCAGCUUGGAUUAAGCUUUUGCACGUAUGAAGCAGAUGAGCUGUCAGAUUUCUGCACGUUCAGCCUCUUUUUUAAAUUGUUUGUAGACAUUUUGGAUGCGUAACCGUCCCCGUCUCUCCUCCGCAGCGGCUGGCCUCGGUCGGCCUGGACGCCAAGAACACGGUGUGUAUCUGGGAGUGGAAGAGAGGGAAGAUCCUGGCCACGGCCACGGGACACUCGGACAGGAUCUUUGACAUCUGCUGGGAUCCGUUUCAGCAAAGCCGCCUGGUGAGCUGCGGCGUGAAGCACAUCAAGUUCUGGUCCCUGUGCGGUAACGCUCUCACACCAAAGCGGGGGAUUUUCGGGAAGACGGGCGACCUGCAGACCAUCUUGUGUGUGGCCUCGGCUAAAGAUGACAUCACGUACUCCGGGGCGCUUAACGGAGACAUUUACGUCUGGAAGGGACUCAACCUGAUCCGAACGGUCCAGUCCGCCCACAGCGCCGGUAUCUUCAGCAUGUAUUCCUGCGAGGAGGGCUUCGCCACGGGCGGCAGAGACGGCUGCAUCCGACUGUGGGACGUCGACUUCAAACCCAUCACUAAGAUCGACCUGCGAGAGGCCGAGCAGGGAUACAAAGGUCUGUCUAUUCGCAGCGUCUGCUGGCGAGCCGACCGGAUCCUGGCAGGGACGCAGGACAGCGAGAUCUUUGAGGUGAUGGUGCGGGACCGGGACAAGCCGCUGCUCAUCAUGCAGGGACACAGCGAGGGCGAGCUGUGGGCGCUCGACGUUCACCCCAAAAAGCCUCUGGCUGUCACCGGCAGCGACGACCGCUCCGUCAGGUUGUGGAGUCUGGUGGAUCACGCCCUCAUCGCUCGCUGUAACAUGGAGGAGGCGGUGCGCAGUGUGGCGUUCAGCGUGGACGGAUCCCAGCUGGCUCUGGGCAUGAAGGACGGAUCCUUCACUGUGCUGAGAGUCAG